GGGCGGCUUUGAUAUUCCAGUGAUGAGGCGAAAAUGUUGAUACAAGUUGAUGUUUAUCAGAGAUUGAUGCCUUUUUUAGUGUGUGGUCGACGAUAAGCUGGAAAUCCAGUGAUUUGCAACGUACAUCAUGUACAUCAACUAGUCUACCACCAUUCAUUAGUAAUAACCAUAUGCCAGUACUAGUGCUGCCCCGAGUCUUUCGAGUACUACACUAGGCUAGGGAAUGGCACCUGCUUAGUUAUAAUGGCUGACAUUGGUUCUGUUGUCAGCCUUCCUGAUACCGAAGCACUGUUCAAGUUAGAUCCUUACAUCAAGCCCCAUGACCAAGAGCUGAAGAGACGGUAUAAGUGCCUCCAAGAUCGACUCAAACGUAUAGAAGAUGAGGAAGGAGGAUUAGAUGAAUUCACCACAGGCUACAAAUAUUAUGGCUUACAUCAAACUACAGAGGGCGGUAUUGUAUGCAGAGAGUGGGCUCCAUCUGCAGAAGCUGUUUAUCUGAGAGGAGAUUUUAAUGAAUGGCGCAGUAAACAGCAUGCUUUUCAGAGUAUUGGAUAUGGAAAAUGGGAGAUAACUUUGCCUCCAAAUGCUGAUGGAUCUUGUCCAAUUGCUCAUAAAACAAUCAUCAAGCUACAGGUUCAGACCAAGUCUGGUGAAUUGGUUGAGCGACUCUCGCCAUGGUCAACCUACGCUGUACAGUGUCAGGAGACAAUGUUGUUUCAGAGUGUGUGGUGGAAUCCCCCUGAAGAUCAACAGUACAAAGCCAAAUAUCCAAAACCAAAACCUGCUCAAGGUUUGAUGAUUUAUGAGGCCCAUAUUGGAAUUGCGUCUUGGAAGGGAGAGGUGUCAAGCUAUGAUAACUUCACUGAUAAUGUACUACCUAGAAUCAAGAAACAAGGCUAUAAUGCAGUUCAGCUAAUGGCUGUAAUGGAGCAUGCUUACUACGCCAGCUUUGGCUACCAAGUCACAAGCUUCUAUGCAGCAUCAAGUCGCUAUGGAAACCCUGAAGCUCUGAAGAGACUUAUUGAUGAAAGCCAUCGACUUGGAGUGGUAGUCUUUCUGGAUGUUGUUCAUAGUCAUGCAGCAAAGAAUGUAUUGGAUGGACUCAACCAAUCCGAUGGCUCCAACUCCUGUUUCUUCCAUGAUGGUAGUCGUGGUGAUCAUUUGCUUUGGGACAGUCGACUCUUCAACUACACCAGUACAGAGGUUCUUCGUUUUCUUCUGUCCAACUUACGCUGGUGGGUUGAAGAAUAUGGAUUUGAUGGGUUUCGAUUUGAUGGUGUGACAUCUAUGCUGUAUCAUCAUCAUGGGAUUGGUACUGGUUUCAGUGGUGGUUACCAUGAGUACUUUGGUCUGAGCACAGACACUGAUGCAUUGACUUACUUGACAUUGGCUAAUGACAUGCUUCAUACAUUCUAUCCUGAUAUCAUUACUAUUGCAGAGGAUGUUUCUGGGAUGCCUGCUUUGUGUAGACCAGUCAGAGAAGGAGGUAAUGGUUUUGACUAUCGCCUGGCAAUGGCUAUUCCUGACAGAUGGAUUAAGAUGUUGAAAGAGCAGAAAGAUGAAGAUUGGAGCAUGUGGGAUAUUGUUUGGACCCUUAUCAAUCGUCGUCAUGGUGAGAAAGCUGUAGCUUAUGCUGAAAGUCAUGAUCAGGCUCUAGUUGGAGAUAAGACCCUUGCAUUCUGGUUGAUGGAUAAAGAGAUGUAUACAAACAUGUCGCUAUUAACGCCACCAAGUACCAUCAUUGAUAGAGGUAUAGCUCUGCAUAAGAUGAUUCGUCUUAUCUCUCAUGCUCUGGGAGGGGAAGCUUGGCUGAAUUUUAUUGGGAAUGAGUUUGGUCAUCCAGAGUGGUUAGAUUUCCCUCGACCAGGUAAUGAUGACAGUUACCAUUAUGCAAGGAGGCAAUGGAAUGUAGUGGAUGAUGACAACUUACGUUAUAAAUAUCUGAAUAACUUUGACAGAGCAAUGAAUGAGUUACAGCACAAGAAACAGUGGUUGAAUAGUCCUCAGGCAUACGUCAGCUGCACACAUGAAGAUGAUAAGCUGAUUGUGUUUGAAAGAGCCCAUCUUGUGUUUGUCUUCAACUUCCAUGUGACAUCAAGCUACACUGGCUAUCGCAUUGGAACUAACACCCCUGGAAAAUACAAGAUAGUGCUGGACUCUGAUGAUGCUGAGUUUGGUGGCCAUUCUAGAUUGGACCAUAACACUGACUUCCUUACAUCACCUACUGCAUGGCACAACAGAGAGCACUCAUUGCAGGUGUAUAUACCGAGUCGUGUUGUCUUGGUUCUUGCUGUAGAGGAUGACGUAUAGGACAAGCUGCAUCUGGAAUGCUCCACUGCGUUAUAACUAGGUAUUCUAGUUUCAAUCAAGUAACUCAUGAUGGACUUAACUACCUAGCAGGAUAGUAGAGGUAGACACGCAGUUAGUAGUCAGCACUUUCAUGUCAAACGGAUUCAACCGUGAGUGGGUUAGGUCACUGUUGGUUAACUCUUUUAUGAAAACUGGGGCAGUCCAGCGAACUUUGUAUUAACGAGAGCCUUUGUUUGGGUCCCUCUUGCAACUUAAUCUAGGUAACAUUUAAGCUGCUAUACAUCAUUAAUUCAGUGUGAAGCCAAAGUUGAGAUAAAUUUCAAUGUUUUUUGUUUUGAGAAACAAAAACAAUGUAGAAAUAUUGUUUAUGAAAUCAAGAAGGAAACAGUAUAGUAGUUGUAUAUUUCUUUUCCCGGAGUACUAGAUGAAGAUUAAGACUUGUUGUGUGACCAAACAAAUUGCUGAAAUAUAAUUUGAAAUACCUUAUGCUUGGAUCUCAUCCCAUCCCUGUUUUGGAUUGGGCAGUGUAGGCUUAACAUACAGAGCAUUGCCUUGGAUUGGGCAGUGUAGGCUUAUAUCACAAAGCAUUGCCUUGGAUUGGGCAGUGUAAGCUUAUAUCACAAAGCAUUGCUUUGGAUUGGGCAGUGUAAGCUUAUUAUACAAAGCAUUUAAUGCAGCUGUGAACAUCAUCAUACAUGCCAUACUCUACAAGGAUAAUUCUGAAAAAUGAACUGCAUGGUAAACUUCAUGAUUGCAUUAUUAAAAAGUAAACAAAUGAAGUCUGGCUCAGGAUAGCAAUAUCGUAGCAAACCAAUGGGGGGUUAUGGAAUUUUGGUUUUACUCUUAUUUACACAUAUUUAAUCAUACUUUAGUACUGUCUUCCUUUGUUUUGUAAUGAUAUGCACAUUAAUUUUUAAACUACAAUCUAUAAAGUUACAUGUACUUUGCUGAUAUGCAUAAUAAUGUAUAAAGUCACUGGAACAUUUUUAAAAGUAAGUGAAAUUUGGUGCCUAUACAUGUAGGUUUGUGUUGGUUAUUUUGGUUUUAAUGACA